AUGGUAGCAGAGGAGCUUAGAGCACCCCAGAACCUAAUAGCAAACUCUCCUAGCAGAGCUAUUGUGACUUGGGAUGGGCGCGAAGACCCCGAUGAUCCAUUCAAUUGGCCUCUACGGAAGAAAUGGUGGGCAACCGGACUUGGACUUCUUGCAAGUUUUGUCUGCUCUACUAAUGGAACCAUCAUUGCGGUUGCUCACAAUGCUAUAAAUGAAGAAUUCCAUAUCUCUGAUGUGGAUUUUCCUCAUUCCUACUGGCCGACCACGUCCUGGGGAGUAGGGGCCGCGCUGUUACCCCUUACUUUAUUCCCUAUAAUGGAAGACUUCGGAGUUCGACCCGUGCUUCUCACCACUUAUUUCUUCUUUAUCUGCUUUCUGAUUCCAAUUGGCUUAGCCAAAAAUUUUACGACGCUUAUUGUCAUGAGAUUCUUUAGCGGCGGUUGCGUUCCGAUUAUGAGCGAUGCCGUUGCUAGUAUCGUAUCAAAUGUUUUUCACGGAGACCGCGCCAGAAGCAUACCCAUAUGUCUUUAUGUUACUACAUACCUGGUUGCGACAAGCAUUGGCCCAGUGAUCGGAGCAUCUAUACUUCAAUUUCUGUCCUGGAGAUGGAUUGGUCACAUCGAAUUGAUUUUCACAGCGGCACUUUUUCCUCUCUUCAUCAUCGGCCUUCCCGAGACCCGCGGCUCAGUUAUCUUGCGAGCGAGAGCCAAACGCCUACUAAGUAAUGGUAAAAAGGUAUAUAUAGCGAAUAAGCUCCAUCAUGAUGCAAAAUUGUACCAGACCGUCCUCAAAAACGUGCAACGGCCCCUGUACAUGUUGUUUACGGAGCCUGUGGUAUUUAUUGCCACUCUUUGGGCUGCCUUUAGCCUUGGAACGAUCUACCUAUUCACCCAGUCUGUCGAGCUAGUGUAUGGGCAACUCUAUGGUUGGGAUGCUAUACUAGCAGGUUAUGUCCAGGUUGCCAUUGUGUUUGGUGAAAUUCUUGGUUGUGGACUUUGUAUGUCAACUAACGGCUGGUAUCACGCAUCUGCUGACCAUAAUACCGAAGUUCCCGGCAUACCUAUCCCUGAGGCAAGAUUAUAUACAUCGAUAAUUGGGGGUUUCUUUGGUGUUACCGGCGGAAUGCUUGUAUAUGGAUGGACCUCAUACCCUACCGUCCAUUGGAUGGCACCUGUUAUCGGCUUGACUAUGGUGGGGUUUGGAACAACUUCUGUUGUGAUAAGCACUGCAAACUAUCUUAUUGAUGCAUAUAGCAAGUACGCUGCGAGCGCUCUUGGUGCUGUGGGCUUGGUUGAGAACAUUGCUAUCGCCUUUCUCCCUCUUGCCUCAACAGCAAUGUACACAGGCAUUGGAUUUCAGUGGGCCAGCUCACUUCUCGCAUUUGUGUCUUUUGCUCUUGCUAUAACUCCAUUUGUGGUCUUCAAAUGGGGCAAAGAAAUAAGAUCUCAAAGCCCAUUUAUGAAGGAGGCGAUUAUUGAUCGACGGAGAGACAAUGUCGGUGUAGCUAGCGUGUAG